AGGAGGAGGAGGAGGAGGAGGAGGAGAGGAGGACUGCCCUCGCGGUAAUGAGUGGAGUCAGGUAACCAACCACCGGUCAGACCUUCUCCAUUCACCGACGGCUGCAUAAACGCAGGGAGGCGACCCGAGCUUCUCCGUCACACUAUCAUAUCUGCGCUUUCCCUCGUUGACGGAGUCGAUGCCGCGACUUUCUUCCCCUCCUCUCUCUCUCUCCGCGCGCGCGCGCGUGUGUGUGUAGUCUGUUUAAUAGUAGACCAGUAAUAGUUUGGUGAACUCGAGGACGUGUCUGCCGGUGUUCAUGUGACGAGUUUCGUGUUUCGUGAAGCUGCUUCAGCACAGAGGAACACUUCAGGUGUACAGCUCCACGAGUUCAGACGCUAGAGUCGUCCUCUGCCUCGGUUUUCUGUGUUUUCUGGAUCUACUUGGCUUCUGUUCCCCUUCUCCCCUUUAACUUUGGACUUGGAACAUUUCAAGAGGCCGAGCUUGAACAGGUUCCAGGAUGGAUGAGGCUGAGAAGUACCAACUGCGAGUGGAGGCCAUUGCUGAAAAGCGUCGGCAGCAGGAUGAGCAGGAAAAAGUCAGGAGAGAGAUGGAGGAGGAGAAGCUCAGACUGCAGCAGCUCAAGAGGAAAUCGUUAAGGGACCAGUGGCUGAUGGAAGGAGCUCCCCUGUCCCCGACGUCUGUUGCUGCCCAGAGCCCUCACUCGCCUCUGUGGGGCUCCCAGGCCCAGGAGAUGGAAAAGCACAUUGACAAGUUGCAGGCAGAGAGUCAGCGGUUGGCGGAUGAGAGCGAGAAGGAGCAGCUGGAGGAUGGACAAGAACAGCAGGCAGUGAAGGUGUCAGACGCCGGAGCAGGAACGAUCCAAGAUGUUGUGCAGAACGGAGAAACAAAGACAACGGCAACAAUAGAAAUAACUGAUGCGGAAGUAAAUAUAAUCCAAAGCCCUCUACUGGACGGAACUGCGGUUGUGUUAACUAACGGUGGAGGAGCAGCAUUUAAAGAUGAUAAUCACGAGGCCAAGGAACCCUUCAGCGUUUCGGAAGGAGUCCUUUCCAUGAGGGUGGAACCUGGGUUGAGUCUCGCUGUCUCUGAGGCAGAACCUGGUCAUGUUCCAGAGGUCAACUUGAAUGGGGGCGAAGACGAAGGAACGUUGGUGAUGAGAGCAGAAUGUGUGAUCGUCACAGAUGAAGCUGAUGAUGCGCCUGAGGAUAAUGCUAAUACACCCGAGGCAGACGAGCAGGAGUCUGUGCAGGAAAUGCCCCUUCCACAUCAAGGAGUGAGCAAAGAUCACGGGGAAAUUGAGGAGGAAGUAAUAAAAACAGAAACGGCUCCAGACACUUUUACACAGCCAGAGCGGAGCACAGCGCCUGAAUCCGCUCCAGAGGCACAACUAGACACUGGAGCUGGAGAUGUGGAGGGUGACAUCGAGACAAACGAAAGCGCUGAAGCUGAAGCACAGGGAACACAACUGCAACUGCAGCCUCCAGCCACCGCUCUAGAGGGCACUGCAAUGGCUUCAGUGCCGGUUUACUCUGAGGCGCAGCCCUUCACUGUCACACCCAUAGCUGAAGUUGAGGCUGUAAUGUCACCAGAGGGAGCCCAAGAUCCUGUGACCGUGUCUGACCAGUUUCAGGAGGUGCUCCUGGCCGAUCCCCACGAGAACCAGAGGACAGAGGCAGUGCUGGCAGAGCAGGAGCCUCUUCUGUCUCAGGUCAAAGCCCCUAGUGUCAGAGCAGAAGCAGCAGCAGCAGAAGCAAACAGCCCGGUCAAUACAGACACACACAGCCCAGUGAGGGCUCGUCAGGGAGAGGAGACUGAAGCACCCAAACGCAAAACCUGCCAGUGCUGCUCUGUCAUGUAAAUGUCCUCUCUGUACAUUCAUUUCCUCUCUCCCUCUUCAGUCUGCAAUAUCCCUUACACUGACCUCCCGAUGUUCGAGUCCGAACACACUCCCUCCCCUGUCUUUUUAUUUAAUGCACCCACUUUUUAAUCACUAUGGCCACAAGUUAUUUCCCUUCCCUCGACCACCCUCAGCCAACAGUCUUUGUAUUCAUCCUGAAACUUCCUCAUCCCACUCGUGAGCUUUGAUAAUCCAAGAGGAAGUAAGCUCUCUUCUGCAUGAAACGUGGAGAAAAUGACAUGGACUUAUCAGUUUUGGUUGUUGUUUUUUUUUAAGUGCCUUGAGGAGCUCGCGAACCCAGGACUGCGUUUUAAAUUUUUUGUCACUCGCAUGAUGUUUGAAUUUGAUUACAUUUGGAUCACAUAGGAGAUGAGCCAGCCAAGCUACGUAGGAUCAUAAAAGUAGAUGCAGUGAGGCAUAAUAACAGAUAGCGUUUAUUUUUUUAACUCUUGUGUUAAUGUACACGUCCAAAGACGUGGGGAGGUUUUGAGAGGAUAUUCUUCUAAUUGAAUUACUUUAAAGCUGAAUUAUUUUAUUGAUUUUCUUUUAUUAGAUACUUUUUAAUCCAAGUAUUGGAUCUGAACAUUUGUAUUCACUUUGUAAUAUAGAUUCAUACAUUUGUCAAAUUUAUAACACUGAAUAUGUGUGGGCUACUGUCAGUUUUAAAAGAGAAAAGUGAUUAUACAUUAUAUAUUAUAUAUAUUUAUA